AUGCCGCCGGAACUUCCUCGAAUACCGCAUUCCGCUGACAACGAAGACGGGCUUGCACAUCUUUCCGACAAAAGAUGGAGUCUCAUGAAGAGAUUCUGCACUAAACUCUUCCGCUCAUCAACACCCUUGUCAAACCCCGUUAUUCCCACUGGAGAAAUACCACCACGGAUUCUAUCUGCUAAAGUACGCGCCGCAGUUCAGACCAUGAAGGUAGCCACGGCUCCGACACCGGACCAUGUUUUGGUCGAUCUUUUACGAGCUGGAGGACAUCGCCUACACGAGAUACUUGCGACAUCUAAUGUCUUACCUUCAAAAGGAAAGGAUCGACCAGUGGAGAACCUCCCGAACAAUCCCUCUUCAUAA